AUGUCCUUUGAAUGUUACGGAAAAACACGAUUGUUAAUUCUUAUUCUUUGCACAUUAUGUUGUUCUUCAAUCUUAUCAAAUAUGAAUACAUAUAAUUUUACCAAAAUUUGCAAAGAUAAAAAUUCACGUGGUGUAAUAAUAAAUGGUCCAAGUAAAUAUACAGAUACAGAAAAAGCAUUUUUUCAAAGUGCUGUUGCUAUUGGAGCAUUACUAGCAUCUUUUCCAUUUACAAUAUUAUUUGAAAAAUUUCCCCCAAAAACUGUUUUUACAUUUUCUGGAAUACUUUCUUUUAUAGCAACAGCCUGUGCUCCAACAGCACAUAACAGUUCAUUUAUUUAUUUUACAAUUGUAAGAAUAUGCCAAGGAAUGUCAUUUGGAUGUACCUUUCUUAUGAUUGGAAAUGUUGUUCAUAAUUGGGCAAGUUUAAAAGAAAAUGGAAUUUUUAUUGCAAUCCUAACGGCAUGUACACAAUUAUCAAAUGUUUUUACAAUGCCAGUUAGUGGUGCAAUUUGUGAUUCAACUUAUGGAUGGCCAAUGGUUUAUUAUGUUCAUGCAGCAGUUUGUAUUUUCUUAUUUAUAACAUUUUCCAUAUUUUUUACAGACUCCCCUGAAGAACAUAAUUUUGUUGGUAUAGAUGAAUUAAUGAAAAUCCAAGAUAAUAAAAUGACUAUAGAAACAACAGCUAAAACUCCAUACUUGGAGAUAUUAAAAGAUAAAACUGUUUGGGGAAUUUGGAUAGCAGCAUUUGCGGAUUUACUAGCAGUCCAAUUAGUAUCCAUGAGUUUCCCAACAUAUAUGGAUAAAACACUAAAAUAUGAUGUUAAAAAUACUGGACUUAAAAAUGGACUUGCAAUAUUUUUUCAAUUUUUAGUUAAAAUAGCUUCAGGUUUAGGAAGUGAUAAAUGGGUGUCAAAAGGUGAACUUUUUAAGGUUAGAUUUUUUGAUUCUUUAGCAUUAGGAGUUUCUGGAUUCUUAUUUAUUUUUAUUGGAUAUAUACCAAUUGACUGGAAACUUGUUACAUUAAUAUAUUCAAUUGUCAAUGUAUGUAUUCUUGGAUGCAAUGCUGCAGCUUUUAAUAAAUGUGCAACAUUAUAUUCUAGACAAUUUAGUAGAUUUGUUGUUGGUCAUAUAAUGACUUUAUGGGCUAUAACAAUUCUUAUUGAACCAUUUGUUGUUGCUUUAUUUAAUCAUGAAAAUACAUUAAAUGAAUGGAGGUACGUAUUUUGGUUUCAUGCAGUUCUCCUUAUUGUAGCAAAUUUCAUUUUUUGUUAUUGGGCUAAAACUGAUCCAGCCUCAUGGACAAUAAAUAAAUCACUUCCACUAAGACAACAAUCAGAAGAAAAUGAUGAAACAAGAGAAUUAGAAAAAGAAAAAAAAGCUGAAGAAACAAUGCUAACAAAAGACAAUGAGUGUACAGAAGUUAAAUAA